GCAAUCUUAUGAGCAAAAGUCACACGCAUCAGUGGUUUACUACACGCAUCUCUCAAACGCUUCCACCUAUAGCAAUAAUCGCGUUUUCAUUGUUCAAGCUCACAAGCAAAGGAGAAAGUAGAUUCUGAAGCAAAGGAACAUAGAAUUCCCACUCAGUUAGAGGCUUAAAAAUUAUAUUUUUAUCCUUUCUGCCUCACUCACUAAACAACCUACUGUUUCUUCUUUGAAUUUUAAUCCUCCGAGAUCACUGGAACAACAUGGGUACUCUCACUACUCUUCAUCUUCUCCCUUCCAAGCUUAAUAACCCUUCGCUUCCUCCACGCCACAGUAUUUCUGUCUCGCCCUACGGAACACCGCACCGCAAGAAGAACAAAGCAAUGGUUCCUAUGGCUAGGUUGUUUGGGCCUGCCAUAUUUGAAGCCUCGAAGCUGAAGGUUUUGUUCUUGGGGGUGGAUGAAAAUAAACACCCGGGAAAUCUUCCUAGGACUUAUACGCUAACCCAUAGCGAUAUAACCGCUAAGCUCACCCUGGCAAUCUCUCAAACCAUAAAUAACUCUCAGUUGCAGGGAUGGUACAACAGAUUGCAAAGGGACGAAGUGGUGGCCCAGUGGAAGAAGGUGAAGGGAAGGAUGUCCCUGCACGUUCACUGCCACAUCAGUGGAGGUCAUUUUCUGUUGGACAUGUUAGCGAGGUUAAGAUACUUCAUCUUCUGCAAGGAGCUACCAGUGGUGUUGAAGGCAGUGGUUCACGGCGAUGGUGAUCUUUUCAACAACUACCCGGAAUUGCAAGAGGCCUUGGUUUGGGUAUAUUUUCACUCCAACAUUCCAGAAUUCAACAAGGUGGAAUGCUGGGGCCCACUGAGGGAUGCAUACGGUGGGGCCCCGGAAGAGAUGGCGGAGGAAGAAAGUGUUGGAAGCAAGGAGGGGUUGGCGAUUCCUCAGCCAUGCCAAGAAGAAUGCGAAUGUUGCUUUCCCCCAAUGACGUUGAACCCAAUUCAGUGGUCUAAAGAAGUUCCCAAUCGCCAUUACGAACCUUGUGAUGGGAUUGAGCCACAACAAAAUCUAUAAACAAACAAAAGCUUCAUGUCACAGUUACAGGGUUUCUGCCAAAAUUAGCAUCACGUUUCCCUGUAUAGAAAAUUAGGAUAAAUUGAACCAUUCAAAUAUCCUUUCAAUGUAAAUAAGGACACUCGUGUUUGCAAUUUUUUAUUUUACUUUCUUUUUCUUCUGCAGAAAAUUAAUUUGGUUCGUGUA